AGCAAUCCUGCACCACAACAAAGCAUGUUACAGAAGAAAUUUCAACCAAAGACCAUGACAUCACAAGGUGAGAAAACUUGUCAAAUUUGUGGAAUUAAUGGUCAUACUGCUUUGAAAUGCUGGUAUAGGUUUGAUCAUGCUUACCAAAGUGAAGAAUUACCUCAAGCACUUGCAACAAUUACUCUGGAAGAUGACAAGGAUCAAACCUUCUAUGCCGACACCGGAGCCAGUGAUCAUAUGACCUCAGGGACAGGUAAUCUUAUUUUUAAAAGGCCUUAUAAUGGGAAGCAAAAGGUUUAUACAGGUGAUGGAACACCUUUGCACAUCACUCACAUUGGAUCCACGUCUGUUGGUCCAUUAAAACUUAAUAAUGUCUUAGUUGUUCCCAAUCUUAAAAAGAAUCUUAUUUCCAUUAGCAAGUUUACUGAAGAAAAUCCAUGUAUCUUUGAGUUCUCAUCUUCUGGUUUUGUGGUUAAGGAUCAAAUAACACAGGCGGUACUGGCCAAAGGCACUAGAAAGGGCCAACUCUAUGCCUUAGAUGAAGGGGAAAAAUAUGCUCUUGCAACUAUGACAAAUAAGGCUGCUGACACCAUAUGGCAUCAACGCCUCGGACACCCCAAUUCCCGCAUUUUAAAGAAUUUAUCUUCAAAGAAGAACAUUGUAGUGUCAAGAUGGACUACACCUCCCCACUUAUGCACAAGUUGCCAAAUGGGGAAGAGUUGUAAAUUGCCAUUCACAAGAAAUAAUGAAAGAGCGAAAUUCCCUUUUCAUAAAAUACAUUGUGAUCUUUGGGGGCCCUCUCCUGUUCAAUCGACUCAUCAUUUUCUGUAUUAUGUAAUCUUUGUGGAUGACUAUAGCAGCACAGUAUUCCUCAAUCACUUGGCAGAGUGUGGCAUUCAACAGCAAGUUUCAUGCCCUGGAACUCCAGAACAGAAUGGAGUUGCAGAAAGGAAACACAGGCAUAUCACUGAGACAGAUCUAACAAACAUUUCUAAGAAUGUUGAUACAGAUGGGGAACUUUGCAAAUACCCAGAUUCUGAUGGAUGGCUCCAAGCUGUUUCACAUUUACAACCAUCCAAGGAUAUAGAUGACGUGCCUUCAAUUUCAACACUACCUCAACAAUUCACAGAUCUUACAAGUGAGGAGGAGCACUCUCAACUCGCCAUUAACAGAAUUAGUGCAAUUCCAUCAGUUAAUGAGGAUGAGACAUCACAACAGAGUCAAGACAAUGGGACAAUAAGGACAACAGAAAAUAAUAACAGUCCUAUGCUUGCUCCCACAGAAGAAAAUCAAAGAGAACUAGUACAUGAAGAACAAGGAAAUGAAAUUCAAUAUCAAAGAAGCCAAGAACAGUCUGGAAACCCUGAAAUUAUUGAAGUAGUGGUUCCGAAUCGGAGUGGCGUGUCACCACCUUCUCACAACAAUGUUUAUAUUUCUACUCAUCCUAUGCAAACAAGAGCCCGUACAGGAGCUCAUACUAGACAUGUUAAAACCAUAUUUCCAAAGAAUGCAAAUACCAUGGUGACUGACAAGUCUAUUUUGCAAUUUGCAGGUCCUGAUAUUAUGGAACCUAAAACAGGUCGAAAGGCACUUCAAAGCACACAUUGGGUCAAAGCAAUGCAAGAAGAAAUUGAUGCUCUGCAUAAAAAUAACACCUGGACGUUAGUGCCACCACCAUCGGAGACAAAUAUAGUUGGGUCCAGAUGGGUUUUCAAAACCAAGCUUAACCCAGAUGGUACGGUGGAAAGAUUUAAAGCUCGUCUAGUAGCUAGAGGCUUUUCCCAAAUGCCAGGAGUGGACUUUGAGGAAACAUUUAGUCCUGUUCUUAAACCAACAACACUUCGGUUGGUUCUUGCCUUUGCAACAACUCUAGAAUGGCCAUUAAGGCAACUUGAUGUAAAGAACGCCUUCCUCCAUGGCAAGCUCAAGGAAAUGGUUUAUAUGACACAACCACCAGGAUUUUGUGAUGCAGAUUGGGCGGGCUGCCCUAUUACACGAAGAAGCACUACUGGGUAUUGCAUAUUUCUUGGUGCAAAUUGCAUCUCUUGGUCUUCGAAGAAGCAGCCUACUAUAGCACGCUCUACUGUAGAAGCAGAGUAUCGUGCUUUAGCCUCUACAACAGCUGAAAUGGUAUGGAUUACUUAUUUGCUUCGAGAUAUUGGAAUUUCUCUACCUUCACCUCCGCAACUAUUCUCGGACAACAUAAGUGCAUUACAUAUGUCUAUUAAUCCUGUGUUUCAUGCUCGAACAAAGCACAUUGAACUAGAUUAUCAUUUUGUUAGAGAAAAAGUGGCAUUAGGAACACUUAUCACCCGAUAUAUUCCCAAUACCGAACAAGUUGCAGACAUUCUUACUAAGCCAUUGCCCCGGCAACAAUAUCAGCUUUUACGUUUCAAGCUUGGAGUGGUAGCUUCACCCCACUUCAGCUUGAGGGGGAGUAUGAAGGCACAAGUAUGGAAUCAAUCAAGGCGUGAGACCAGAGAUAAUGGAAACACGCAAGAAAUCAUUCACACAGCAGAAAUUGAGGAGAGACAAAAGCAACAUCUCUGAAAGCAACGGUCAAAUUAUAUUAGUAAAGCAAUCUGUAUUUUCCUUAACUGUACCUCAAUUUCAGCAUCUAGAUUAGCUCUUGUAAGUGUAUAUAUUGGUAUAUGCUUGUACAGAAUAAUACACAACUGAAUAUAGAAUCAGUAUUCUC